UUUCAUUUGUUAUUAUAAAAUACCUUAUUGAUAAUGCAAUGAACUUUAUACUAUUAAACUUCCUAAAUUUUGAUUGAAUAACAUUAUUUUAAGGGGACUGCACCUGUUUUUAUGGACAAAACGAGGAAAACUAGCGCCUUGUAGAGAUAACAAUGAUUUUUAUUUUUGUUAACAAGAGGAAGACUUUCUCCAUUGUGCAUCGGAAUUCGAUUUUCAAAAUUCUAUAUCUAAUCACUAUAGAGUUUGAAUAUGACUGAUAUUGACAAUUCUUUACUUAUUUUUUUCGGUUUUAGUAAAAUAAUCAAAAGUUGAAGUCCAGCGCACCCUGUAAGAAGUCUUGCUCUUAUUAAUAAAAGAACAAUUAUUGUAAUCUGAGUACUCUACAAGACGUGAUAGUUUUACUGGAAGGCAUUUUUUCCAACCAAAAUAGCUAUAAUUCAUAGGGGGAAAAAAGAACCUGAUAGGUAAUAUGAAAAAAGCUAAAAUUAAGUUCAUAUAAACAAAGUUAUAAGAUUGCUAUUAGUUUGUAACUGCAAUUUUCACGAACAAGAUAAAAUAUAAUUUUUAUUAAAUUUAUUAUAAGUUCAAUUUUUAAUAAAAAUUGAUUUGUAUAAUGUUGUCCAUCAGCAUUUCCGAACAGGUUUUUAGAUUACCUAAUAAAAUUAUAAAGGUAAUUUACAGUCGUGUAUUGGGGCCUAUACACAAGUAAACUUUACAAUAAGUUAAACACAAUUAUAAAUUGUGAAUCAGUUAUACAAAGUUUAACACAUGAACACAAUGACAGGUAACACGGUAACAAUCGCUAACACGGUCGCUUCUCCGGGAAGUGCAUAAAUAAAAUAAUUUAAAAAUUAUCAGUAAAAAUUUUACAUAAUAAAAUUUUAAUCCUAAAAAUGUGCCGUUGGACUUUCGAUUUUAUCAUGUAAAUAUAAAACUGCUUUAUUAUAAUUAUUGAUUAAUAAUCCUAGCUACCUACCUAAUCACAGUAUGUCUCUUAAGUGAAAAAGAUGUCAGCAGUACACAGGUUCCUAAAAUCCUCUCAAAAGUGCUGUCUCAAUAGGACGAAAUUUUCACUUAAGCCUAGGACUGUAAACAUGUAAAAUCGAUUUAUAAAGCUAGUUAUGUUAGGCACUGACCUAACCUGCACUUGGUUAUUUAUUUAUACAAUAUUUUGAUUCGAUAUAUUAACAGAAAUCAUUUAUUUUUGUAUGAUUGUUCACAGAACAGAAAUAAUUGCACGUCUUUUAUAGGAGGUGCAAUUAACCACGAUUAAGUAUUUGAGUAUAAAUAUAUAGAAUAAAUAGUUUUACAUUUUAAGUCGUCGUAAACUAACAUAUGAUUAAUCAACAAGCAGUCGCUAUAGAGUAUUGAUAACGCUCAUUUUUCCUAUUACAUUUUUAUUUUCCUGCUUAAGAUUUUGACAGCUAAACAAUUAAAGAAAAAUGUCCGUUCAUUCCGAUGGUUCUGCAGAAGAAAAUAUUAUUCAAUCUGAGAGUACAAGAUCCAUUCCACCCACUCGUUCAGGGUUUUCAGUAUUCAACCAGUCGAAGAAGGAAAUCAUAAGACUCACAUACUUGGAUAAUCCGGCGUUGAUAUGCGACAACGGAACGUAUUCCUUAAAAGUUGGUUUCGCCGAUGAUGAUGCUCCUCGUACAAUAAUUCCCACAUUUGUCGGUUCUCCACGCCAAGAGGUUUCCAUGCCGGGAUAUGGACAAAGGAUUACCUAUGUCGGAGAUUAUGCCGUGCAAAACCGAGGAGUGUUAGACACUAGUGUCCCCAUAGAUAACGGAAUAAUUACCGAUUGGGAGGCCAUGGAACAAAUGUACUACCAUAUGUACUACGAAGACUUGAUGUUGCCACCAGAAGGCUACAACAUUCUUCAUACCGAGCCACCGUUGAAUCCAAAACCUUGUCGUGAGAAAUUAGCAGAGAUGAUGUUCGAGCUGUUUAACGUGCCAGGAAUGUUUAUGGUGCCUGCGGCCACACUGGCGCUGUACGGUUCCGGCAAGACUACAGGCAUAGUGGUGGAUUUCGGAUACGAUAGCACAAGGGCCGUACCCGUCUACGAGGGUUACUGUCUACCACACGCGGUCCGCACGUUGCCGGUGGGCGGCCGACAGGUGACAGAGUGCUUGGCGAAUAUGAUGAACGCCCGUGGCUUUAGUUUUACCACUCCCGCGGACAAAGCAAUUGUGAACACCAUUAAAGAAAAACUCUGCUAUUGCGUAAUCGACCCCAACAGCGAGGAUUACAUCGAGUACAACAACUUCAACCAUCCGGAUAUCGAACAAAUCUACGAAAUGCCUGACGGACAAAUGAUCACUAUUUACAGUGAAGCUUACAGAGCUCCCGAAGUGAUGUUCGAUCCAGCCAUAUUCAACAUACCUUCUAAGUUGGCAGGCGUGCACAACAUGGUCUAUGAAUCAAUAGGCGUGUGCGACAUUAGGUUGCAAAACGACAUGUACAAUAACAUUGUGAUGGCUGGAGGUAAUAGCCUACUGCCAUCGCUUUCUCAGCGCGUCGAACGGAUGCUGGCGAAAUUGGCGCUGUCGACUACUAAAAUCCGGCUGCUCACCACGCCCGAGCGGAAGUUCUCCACCUGGAUUGGUGGUUCGAUCUUGGCUAGUCUGUCUACCUUCAAGCACAUGUGGGUCAACCGAUCAGAAUACGAAGAACACGGACCAAAAGCCGUGCACCACAAGUGUUUCUGAACAAAUUGCUACUAUACCGGCGGGUUAUUUGUUAUACUCGUAAACAAAUUUAAGUCCAAUGCCUGAUUUUAGCAUAUUUCGUCUGGCAUUUAUGAUUAUCGUCUAUCACGAUUUCAUUUAGUACGUCGUUAUUGUGAUAGCCAAUACAAUCAAUAUAGUGGACUGUAAAAUCAAUCAUUUUUUGUAAAUAAAUUGUAAAACAUC